AUGGUGCACAACCUCUUCGUGCUGCGCAGUGUGGUGAUCUCGUACUGCAUUAGAUCAAGUCGGAAUUUCUUGCCCACGAAUCGUGAAAGAGUACCAGGUCGUCUUGGAGGCGUGGAUGUGCAUGACCAGCUGUGCUUGAUGCGGUACUCGAUACAACGAGUGGACCGAUUCCGAAAAUACUACAAUCCACUCGUGUUGGGGCGGAUUGACCUAGCAAUAGUGAACGGCUAUAUCGUGCACAAGGCCUACCACAAGAACAGACGUCUCGCGCUUUGA